CGGGGCGCGGAGUCGCGGCGCCAUGGAGACGGCGCUGCCGCUGCCGCUGCUGCCGCCGGUGCUGCUGCUGCUGCCGCUGCUGCCGCUGCCGCCGCUGCCGCUGCUGCCCCGCGCCGCCGCCGAGCAGGUUGUCCUGCUGGACUCAAAGGAAUCACAGGCUGAGCUGGGCUGGACCUCACACCCAUCGAACGGGUGGGAAGAGAUCAGCGGCGUGGAUGAGACCUACAGGCCCAUACGCACGUACCAGGUGUGCAACGUCAUGGAGCCCAACCAGAACAACUGGCUGCAGACGGGCUGGAUCGCCCGGCGUGACGGCCAGAGGAUCUUCAUCGAGCUCAAGUUCACCCUGAGGGACUGCAACAGCAUCCCUGGCGUGACCAGCACCUGCAAGGAGACCUUCAACUUGUACUACGCCGAGUCAGACUCCGACCUGGGCCGCAGCGUCCGCGAGAGCCGGCACACCAAGAUCGACACCAUCGCCGCCGACGAGAGCUUCACGCAGGGAGACCUGGGCGAGCGCAAGAUGAAGCUCAACACCGAGCUGAGGGAGAUUGGCCACCUGAGCAAGAGGGGCUUCCACCUGGGCUUCCAGGACGUGGGCGCCUGCGUGGCGCUGGUCUCCGUGCGGGUCUAUUACAAGAAGUGCCUCAGCACCGUGCGGAACUUGGCCACGUUCCCGGACACGGUGGCGGAGACGGCGUUUGUGACGCUGGUGGAAGUUAAGGGCACUUGUGUGGCCCACGCUGAGGUGGACGUGGACAAUCCCCCCCGGAUGCACUGCAGCGCCGAGGGCGAGUGGCUGGUCCCAGUAGGGAAAUGCAUGUGCAGCCCUGGCUUUGAGGAGAAGGACGGGGGAUGCAGAGCUUGCCUUCCGGGGUUUUACAAGCUCUCCCUCCGUCUCCCUCUCUGCUCUCCAUGCCCUGAGCACAGCUUCACACUUGAGGAAGCCUCCACCUUCUGCCUGUGCCAGACGAAUUACUCCAGGUCUCCUUCAGACCCGCCAUCUGCCUCCUGCACACGCCCUCCCUCAGCCCCGAGGAACCUGGUGUACAGCCUGCGGCAGUCGUCGCUGGUGCUGCACUGGAGCGCCCCGGCCGACGCGGGCGGCCGCAGCGACCUCACCUACAGCCUGUGGUGCGGCCGGUGCCCGGCGGCGCCGCGGGGCCGCUGCGAGCGCUGCGGCGGCGGCGUGGGCUUCGUGCCGCAGCAGACGGGGCUGGUGGAGCCCACGGUGACCCUGGUGAACCUGCUGCCACACGCCAACUACACCAUCCGCGUGGCCGCCCUCAACGGCGUCUCGGCCGUCAGCCCGCUGGCCGGGCAGCAGUACGCAGAGGUCAACGUGUCCACAGGCCGCGCAGAGCCAGCCGCUGUCACCGACAUCCGCACGGACGGGGUGGGGCAGAGGAGCGUGUCCCUGUCGUGGCAGGAGCCAGCCCUCCUGGCUGCCAACAGCACCGAGUACGAGGUCAAGUACUUUGAGAAGGAUCAGAGAGAUCAAAGUUACUCAACUGUGAAAACCACAUCAACGGCCGUGACGGUCAAUAACCUGAAGCCUGGUACCCUCUAUAUUUUCCAAAUCAGAACAUCUUCCUCUCCAGACUAUGGGAACUACAACCCUGGCAUUGAAGUGGAGACCUUGGCAGAGUUGCCAGUGGCCUCCAGCGAGCAGAGUCCCGUCCUCAUUGUCGCCGUGGUGGCCAUCGUGGGGCUGGCGGCGCUGGCCUCCGCCGUGGUGGGCGUGAUGGUCUGGAGGAGGCAGUGUGGGUACAGCAAAGCCAGCCAGGACGGGGACGAGGAGCUGUACUUCCACUUUAAAAUACCAACCAGGAGGACGUACAUUGACCCCAGCACCUGCGAAGACCCCAUGCAGGCUGUGCACCUCUUUGCCAAGGAACUGGAUAAUGCCAGCAUCAAAAUUGAGAGGAUUAUCAGGACAGGGGAGUUUGGGGAGACGUGCCGGGGCUGCCUGAAGCUGCCCAGCAAGCGGGAGCUGCCCGUGGCCAUCCAGACGCUGCGCGCCGGCUGCCCCGAGAAGCAGCGCCGCUCCUUCCUGGCAGAGGCCUGCACCAUGGGCCAGUUUGACCACUCCAACGUCAUCCGCCUGGAGGGGGUCAUCACCAGAGGGAGCACCAUGAUGAUAGUGAUGGAGUACAUGGGCAACGGGCUGCUGGACUCCUUUCUCAGAAAACACGAGGGGCAGUUCACAGGCACCCAGCUCAUCUGCAUGCUGCAGGGCAUUGCCUCUGGCAUGGCGUACCUGGCAGAGAUGGGCUACGUGCACAAAAGCCUGGCUGCCCACAAGGUCCUGGUGAGCAGCAGCCUGGCAUGCAAGAUCACGGGCUUCAGACGGCCCCAGGAAGACAAGAUGGAAACCAUCUUCUCCACCAUGCGUGGGAAGAGCCUGGUGCUGUGGUCAGCCCCUGAGGCCGUCCAGUUCCACCACUUCAGCCCCGCCAGCGACGUGUGGAGCUUCGGGAUCGUCAUGUGGGAGGUGAUGUCCUACGGAGAGAGACCCUACUGGGACAUGUCCCACCAGGACGUGAUGAAGGCUGUGGAGGAUGGGUUCCGCCUGCCCGCCCCGGCCAACUGCCAGCCGCCCCUGCACCAGCUGAUGCUCAGCUGCUGGCAGAAGGACCGCAGCCAGAGGCCCAAGUUCUCACAGAUCCACAAUGCCCUGAGCAAGCUGCUGCAGAGCCUGGAGCCCCCAGAGUGCCCCAGCUCCGUGUGCCCCAGGUCCCACAGCACGUCCAUCCCCCUCUCCAAGAGAACCUUCUCGGCCUUCCCAUCUUUCAGCUCCGUGGGUGAGUGGCUGGAAGCCAUAGAAAUGGGCAGGUACAAGGACAACUUCACUGCUGCGGGCUACUGCUGCCUGGAGUCGGUGGCCAGGAUGACAGCCCAAGACCUCCUGAGCCUGGGGAUCACGCUGCCGGAGCACCAGAGGACCCUCCUGGGCGGGAUGCAGGCGCUGCGGGCGCAGGUGCUGCGGAUGCACGGCCGGGGCGUGCAGGUGUGAGGGGGUCCCGCAGAGGAGCGCCCUGCCGGCCCCGAGCUGCCCCACCUCUGAAACCUCUGAAACCUCUGAAACCUGCAGGGCUCAGGUGAGCCCUGGGAGUCGCUGGGUGCUGCCAAACACGUGGCAAGAGAGCAGGGCUCCUGUCCCCUGUGCUGGGGCAGCCCAGGAGCCCGCGGUGGUGCCGGGGCGGGCCGGGCUCUCCCCAGCGCAGUUUUGUAAGAUGAGUCAGAGUGUGUCGGUGCCAUUUCAUGUGGUAGUUGAGUUCACAGGGUGGGAUGGACCUUUUUGCACUGUCGUAAUCCAGAGCUAACACUUCUGUAUCUCGUAUCCUGCUGGUGAAUCCAUGGGUACUUUUAUACAACCUGACAGAUCACAGCAACCCCACAAGGAGUUUUUAUUGCUUUUAUAUUUAGAGAGCAGUUCUCACCCAAUCCCCAACUCCUGGAAGGUGACUUUCCCCAUCUGUGCUGAAGGAAACUCUUUCCCAGUUGCAUCCCUUCUGCUCCAUGAGCUACUUCUCUGAGUUUUGACACCUCAGUUGGUGAACAAAACUAAAUAUUCUCCAGUAGGGCACAGAGGAAAUGGUGCUGGCUGCAUCCAUGCAGUGCAGGGCACACCCACACUUUGUUUUGUGGGCACAGUGCUGCCUGGCAUGCUGGCAGCUCCCAUAGCUGCAGCCUGAUCCCCGAGAAGACAUAAACAGCAUCUUAAUGAUACAGCUUUCCUUGAAGCCAGUUAAUUAAAUGGGUAUUUGCAGCCCUGUACGGAGUUUUGUAAGGCAUUAUUGUGAUCUGUAAGUAUCACAAGUGAAUUAUUGAUGCUGAAAGGCAAAGAUUUACAUAGGGGAUGAAGGCUGUGGGAGAUGCUCAGAGUCUGGCUGGAAAUGUGCUCCAGACAGACCCUCCUGUUAGCCUGCUCCAAGAGGAGGAGGAUCAAAUGAGGAUUGAGUGGAGAGCCCCCUGGGGCUGGCGUGGUGACCACCCUGCCCAGCCCAGUGCUGCAGAUGCUCUGGGGAGUUUGCUGCUCUCUGAGGAAAACAAGAUUUCUCCUUCCUGCCCUCUCUGCAGUUCAAACCAUGCUCCCUCCCCAACAUCUCUUGGUAGUGUUUUUAACAGAAACAAUUUCUCUAUGUUUGGCCCGUGUCCAGUUGGGUUGCUCACUUCCCAUCCUGCUGUUCCCCACCCUCAAGAGCAAUAGCAGUGAACCAAGCCCUGCAUUUAGUGAAAUGCCUGAUCCCAAGGAUCAGGUGCAAUUGGUGAGCUCUCUGUGUUUACAUUUUAUCUCCAGAGAAAGUACAGGUCUCUAGGCAGGGGGUUGAACUUGAUUGUGGAUCUUCUCUCCCCUCCCUGCCCGUUCUGUCUGUUGGGAUGCAGCAGCCACGCUGGGAAGUUGCUGCUGGAGGAGCUGGCUCCAGGCUGGUUCACCUCCAGGAGGUCUGGAGACAUCCAGGGCUUGGUGACGAGGUGACAGUCAUGGCCUCAGUCUGGAAAACAGACCUGGCCAUGAGCAGGCAGCAGAAUGUCCCCCAGAGCAGAGCCUGCCUCCAGAAUGAGGAAUGUGAGACGAGGCUGGCUCCGGGUGCCACUGGAAUCUGCUUCUCUGUCCCUCUGGAUGCUGCCCAGCUGAAAAGAGCUGAACCUGAGCACAGAUUUCUGUGCUCAUGGCAGUUCCCCUGGGCUGCAGUGGCCGCUGGCUGGCCAGGGCAGAUUUCUGUGCUCAUGGCAGUUCCCCUGUGGCUGCUGUGGGAAGCAGCCGUGGCUGUGAGGAGGGCUGUGAGGAGCUGAGCUCUGGGAUGGGCUCUAACUCAGAAACAGGAGCCAUCAGCUCUCCUGGUCUCUCCUUCAAGAAAGGAAAGGAAACCCCCCAUGGAAGCAGCCUUCUAGCCCAGCUUUUUGCAAGAAUAAACACUUUUAAUUGAGCUCCUUGCCAACACAAGAUGACAAAAUGUGUAGAUUAAGCUAUAUGUUGUUAUGACAUUGAAAUGAACUUGCAUCCUCUCAGCUUCUCUCCUUGGGGAAGUAGCAUAAUUAAAUUAAUCAGCAAUGCUGGGUUGGAAGGGAAAUGCCUCAAAAUGAGCCUGGUCUCUCCCCAUCCAGCCUCUGGCAGGUCAUGAGGCUCCUCCAGGGGCUGGGAGAGCCCCAGUCCUGCUGGAGCAGCACCUGCAGCACUCCCCUCACAAGAAACCAAAUGGGAAUCAAGUUGGUUCAUCUCCAGAUGCUUUUAUAUUCAUUAGCCACAUAUUAAGUACUGUAAAUACACACUUGAGAAGUCAAUAUCUAUUUUUGUAAGCUUGAGACAAAUGUAAUAUAAUAUUAUAAGGGACUCUGUGUACAUCUCAUGUUUGAACUAUAGUCAGACAUCUCCAGGGACUCUCAGUUGGUUUGGAAUAUUUAAUAAUAAUGAUAAUAAUAACAGUUAUUAUAAAUGCUAAUAAAAAUCUAUUGACUUUUUUUUAAAUUUUGUAUUUAUUGAACCACGGUUGAAGCUGGCAAUAAAGAGAUAUCUAUAUACCUGAGUAAAACCAACCAA